AAAGAUAUAAGAUCAGUUUGCUCGAAGUUAUUCGGCAAAGGUUUAGGGGGUAAGGUGGUGCAUGUGAGGUCUGCCAGAUCGAUUCUACUACUGUGGUCUUGGCUGAAGUAGCACGUAAAUGGGCAUUGGGGUCAUCGUUGGUUAUCUUCGACCCAGCUGUGUCGGCACUACCUUCUAAACAAUGCGUCGAUGAUUUAUCUGGCCUACAGUGUAUGACCAUUAUCACCGACUCGACUAAUGGCAGUGAGCCCUCCACACCACAGCCGGUCAUAUCUGAGUCUGAUCAGCAUGUUGAUUGGGCAGAACUUGCCCGAACAAACCAGAAUUCAUCGUCCUUCCUUACCGCUCUUCGAGAGUUUCUACUACAUAGGAAGGUGCCCGAUGGUUGUUCUAUUCCGCAUCGAGUUCUCAACGAUGCUUCCAAGUUCCAUACGGUCGAGGAUGGUAUAUUAUAUCGGUGUGUAAGAUCAACUUCAGAAGGUCAACCUCUACACCAAGUGGUAUUGGACCCAAAAGUCGAUGAUGAGGCAAUGAUUAAUCGUUUGAUUGACCACUACCACAAUACUACUACUCAUCUGGGAGCUGAAGCCAUCGCUCGUACAAUUAAGAUGGAAUAUUAGUGGCCUAGGAUCAACUGUUAUGUUCGUAAUCGUCUGCGAACAUGCGAUCCUUGCCAAAGAGUUCAUGCCUCUGUGGCCUGGCGCAAGACCGUAGGGUCUCUACGGAUGAAGUCUACUAUAUCUGGUCAAGUGCUUGGGU